UAAAUAUUCCAAUUUAGUUUUCGUUAUGGAAUUUUAAGAAAAUCCGGAAAGUACUUGCAACAUUAUGCAAAGUGAUUAUUAAUUCAUGAAGUUGCGUGCAAAAAAAUUGUUUCUGUUAAAAUUUAAUGUCUCAAAAGAUGACGCGUAUGUAAAAAUACAUAAAAUAUGUGACAAAAAAGGGACUUGACACAAUAUGCCUCCAGAUAGACCAGAUGCAUCAGACGUGGAAACUGGUAUAGGAUUAAGUAGCACACAAGUUUUUAAUUUUGGAGAGACAGUAUACAUGAUGAAAGAAAAAGAAAACACAAGUGCUUUUGUUGAAACAAAUUCAACUGAUGAACUUUCUAUGUCUGAAAAGUCCAUUGAAAAGAAUAGUCAGUUGGAUGAUGAUUUAACUUCUUUAAGUUGGCUUCAUCAGCAGAAUCUAUUAAAGGGCUUGGAUAUUUCAAAUCCCUCUAAAGAUAUGAAACAUGAAAACAUUUUAAAUAACAACAUUUGUGAUGAUAUGGCAGACUUUUCUGAAAAUACUAAUUCUGUAUCAAGUUUAGAUGAUGGUUACAGUCCAGCAGAUAAUAAUGGCAAGAUAAAUAAUACUACGUCAUAUGGUAACAGUCAAAACUAUCAACACUCAAAUAAAAGUGGUCAAAAAUCAAUGCAAAUCUUUCAGGAGUCGGUAAAAAAUCAUUAUAAUAACUUGCAAAACAAUCAGACGAAGAUUUCUUUGAACAAUAAUAAUCUACCAGUUUCAAAUCGCAACAAACACCCAACUCAUAUACCAUAUGAUCCUCAUUUACAUAGAAAUAGUAAACCACCAUAUUCAUUUUCUUGUUUAAUUUUCAUGGCUAUUGAAGAUAGCCCUGUAAAAGCUCUACCAGUCAAAGAAGUGUAUGCUUGGAUUUUGGAUCACUUUCCAUAUUUUAGAAAUGCUCCAACUGGGUGGAAAAAUUCUGUUAGACAUAAUUUAAGCCUGAAUAAGUGUUUUCGUAAAGUAGAGAAAGCACCAAAUUUGGGCAAAGGUUCGUUGUGGAUGGUAGACGCUCAAUAUCGUCCGAACUUGAUACAAGCGUUAUCUCGUGCUCCCUUUCCUCCUCCAACUGCUCAAACUUUAUCUUCGCCCGAGAAACCACAGAAAAAGAAUACUAGCACGCGUCUACCUGAUCCUAUCCUUUUCCCAUACCUCUCCAAAAGACUGGCAUCGAGCAACAUUACCGACAACACAGACACUGAAGUAGAUAGCGAUGUAGACGCAGCUGCGGCUGCUAUGCUUUCUUUUAAACAUGGACCUAUUAUUUUAAAUCACAAUAAAGAUCGUAAGCGAAAAGUACCAGAAUCUGAGGUGUUGGUUCCUGUGAUUACUAGGAGCUCUAGUGAAGAUCAUACUUAUAGUUGUAUUGCAUCGGUAAGGCAAGAAAGUAAAUAUCCAAGGAAGGAAACAAAUCCAGACUUCGAUGAACAACGGAAAAUAGCCGAAGGUGCGGAUGCGCUUCUGAAUUUAGCGGGUGUUACCACACCACUUAAUCACAAUAGGACACAUCACUUACAAGGUAUUAACUCGACACCAAAGUCCGAGGGUACGUCAAAGUUAAAGAAGCGGUCAGCAUCGAAUGAUUAUUCGAACACACCUGAGAAAAGACGUAAGCAUUGGCCAAAGUGGAGUGAAGGAAAGCGGUAUUUAAAACAAAUUGUAUAAAAAUAUUUUGGUUGUAUGUAUAUAUAUAGCAACGCAAACUUCCUAUUUUUCUUUUCUAUAUUCGAAUACAAACUUUUCAAAAUUUUAUCCUCGGUAUGGGUUUCGAGACAAUGGACUUAAAUCUUGCACCAUUGACAAUGGAUCUGUUGUCUUUCGAGUAAGAUUAAUAUUAUUAAUUUUAAGAUUUGCAUCGAAGUUAUUACCAUUGUUAGACAUAUAAGAUGUAAGAGUGAGAAGAACACAAUGUGUCCUGUCGCAUUAAAGAAAGAAGCUAUCAGGUGCAUUUCUAUUUAAAACAAAAAAGUAAUGACAGACGGAAGGAGUAAAAGGAAAGAAAAAAUUGGCGGUCGCUCAGGGUUUAGAACUCGCUAUAUGCCAAAAUGAAUUCAGUAGCACUAAGCAACAAGCAAUAAUAGAAAAAUAGUGUAAAAAGGAGAAAAGAAUUACUUUCUCAAAAUGUUGUUAAAACAUACAACUAUAAACGGUUCAUGGAACGUCAAUGAAGAAAAAACACUAUCGCGUACUAAACUAAAAUAACGAUAAACUUUUUAGACCUGUUGUGACAAUUAUACAUAUUAAUUCAUAGAGAGUUUAAUUAAUGAUAAUAGAGUUCUAUAUUAGGUUUUUUGUAGAUAUGUAUAGAAAUAUGAUUGAUAUCUAUUCGAUAGAGAAAUUGAUAAUAUAUUUAAAAAAAGAUUACACACACACACACACACACACACACACACACACACAUGCGCGCGCGCGUCGCAUACACACACACACGUUCAUAUUCAUAUGUUCAUUCAUUUACACUCAAAAUACAUCUGGUCAUGUACGCAGCUGUAUUUGUGCAAAAUGUGUGCCGUGAAAAACUAUAUAACAAAAAGAACUCUUAAAAAAUGUCAAGGUACACUGAAUAUGGAUUUGAAAUGAAGAAUAUUAUCAUUUCAUGCCUUUUUCUACUCUCUUCGUGGCUUUUGAGAUGAUUUUGAACAGAGCUGUACAUAUGUAGAUCCUAUAAUGUAUGCACAGACCAGUUUCAAAGAAUUUUGUUAAAACAUCAAUAUAUAUCGCGUCGAAUUGAUAAAUAUUGGUUGAAAGAAUUGUAUAAAGGUAUAAGGCAAGAGUGUCACCCUAUUUUUAUAAAAAAUGAAAAUAAAAAAAACAGAUAUAUCUAUAAUAUUAAGAAACUUUGUGAAUACCUGAUAAAUAAUGAAGAAGUAUAUGGAGGUAAAAGAAUAUUGAAUAAUGAACUGGUCUUGUAUACAUUAAUAUUAUAGUUCUAUAUAGAGAGAACGUAUAUUUUUACAGGGCACAGCCCGCGUGAUAAAAGCUCUUCCUAAUAAUUGCUAAAAAAAAAAAAAAGAAAUACAGUUCAUUAGCUUAAAUCAUUUACUAAUUGUAUCUUGCGAGACACUACAAACACAACAUGGUAGCGCAGCCUGAGUAAUUUUGUGUUUAUAUGCCAUAUGACGUAAUGCCUUUGUUAAACAAAGAAGGAAGGAAACGUAUAAUUUUGGUUUUAAAUAGCGCAUACAUGUGAGUGAAUAUGUUCGUAGAAAAACUUGGUUACCAAUUUAAAAGUGACGAAAUUUUUAGAUCGAAGACGUUUCUAGUCUUACGAUUAUACUAUGUGAAAAAGAUGUAAUAUGAAUUACUUAGGUUGAUAAUGAUAUUUAUGCGUCACAGUUACGAUUAACGAUCAGUUGUUACUUGUGAUAUAUGUUACUGCUGGCUCAGAUACAUCUCAGACGCGGAAUGCAUUAUCACUUCUUAAGAAGGUGCAAUUUAGUUUAACUUAUUAAGAAUAUAUCAUUUAUUCUAUAACAUUUAUUAUUUAGCUAUUUUCAAAGUCGAUGGCGUGAUGCUAAUGAUUUCAAUCAGUAAAGUUAUUGUACUUGAAAAAAUUGUGUCAAUCGUACGAAACUGUUAGAUAUUAUUAAUGUAAAAAACAGAUGACUAAUUAAUUUAAUAUGAUUAAAGUGUUAAACAAACGAUAACCUUGAAAAGGGAAAACAUAAAUAGGCGCGCUGCCAAAAUGUUCUAUGUGAUUGUAGCUAGUCAGCUACAAAGGGAAAAGAUCCAAGAUAAAGGGUGCAAGGAAGAAUGCCAUGUUUAUAUGUAAUUAAAGAAACUUCAGUUUUUGAGAGAAAUAUAUACAUUUCAUGUAAAUGUAAAACUAUUCUAUUUAGCACACAUGUAUUUAUAAUAUAAAUAUAUACAUAUGCUUUAGAAGCAACAAGCAAAUAAGCACGUGUUCAGUAGCGGACACUUUUUUUCGAAAUUUGUAUACGCACGAGCAAGACCAGUUUUUUGUAGACUUUACGUUUUCUAUUGUCUGUGAUAUUAUUGCAAAAGUGAACACAUCUUGUUGUUGUUGUUGUUAAUUAUAUUUUGGCGAAACAGAAGUUUUAGAGCUUUAUAAGUUUUAUUGUUUAAAGAGAAAGAGAAGGCGGGAGAGAGAGAGAAAGAAAAAAGAAAGAGAGAUGAAGUGUUCCAGCACUUUUCAGAUAUUAUUAAUUGGCAUUCUUGCUGACACCUAAAUGUUCUGAUCGAAAUAGGGAAACUGGCAUCUUUAAAUUAGCAAUAUAUUAUAGAUAUUAUAUUAUAUAUACUGAAACUAAUAUCACAGUUUUCACUAUUUGUUGAAAUUUUUAGUCUAGCUUUUGUUUGCUAUGACUGAAGAUCUGUUCUUCCACGUAGUUUAUUCUAAUCUAAUCAAUUAGGGGGUGGGAUACCUUUUAUAUUAAUAGUAACAUAGCUAAUCGAUCUGUUACAAAUUAGAGUAAUCGAUUAGCAAG